AUGAAUACAAGAGGACCUUACAAACAGUAUACAGUCAAUGGCAACGAUACUAUUCCAAGAAGAACUGUUUACAGAAAACGUCAACGAUUGCAGUUUGAAGUUGAUGAGCAGAUACGUAAAAAUAUUGACGAGGUAUGUAUAUUUUUGUAUAUAAGUUCGUUUAUAAGAUUUGUUCGUGUUUAAUGACCUUUCUUCUUUAGCAAAUUAUAAUCGUCGCAGUUAAAUCCAGGAGUGUAUCGUAGAAACAAUAGUACUUGAUUAAUUAUCUUAGCUUAACGUUACACUUUAGGAGAGCAUUGACCAUCUUCAACAUGAUGCAAACGGACAAGACACUGACUUCAGUGACUCAGACAGCAGUGUAUCACAGAGCCAAAGAUUCGAAUCUGAAGUUGAAGAGCCAGACCAGCAGGUAUUGUUCAGAAAUAAUAAUUUUCAUAAAUAAUUUGUCAAUACUGCCCUGUAGGCUGUAAUUGAUUUAACCAAUUUGCUUCUUUUUAGGACAGAAUCAUUGUUGACAAUAGAAAUGCAGAAGAAGAAUCAACAGAUGAAAAUUAUGACGUAAUAUAUAUAUACACAUAUAAUCAUGUCUAUAAUUAUAUUUGUGGUGUUACUCUGAGUGUAUAUCCACACCGGGCGAGCUUGAAAAAUAUGCCCGGCCACGGUGGGAUUCGAACCUACGACCUUUGGAAUACUAGCCCAAUGCUCUUCCAACUGAGCUACGCGGUCAGGACGGUUCGAGUAAGUGAUAUUUCGGAACAGAAUCUAGUUCCUUCAAUACCAAUGUAUUCUAGUAAUAUGAUUUUUUUCUGUGUUGGUGUAUAUAUCAUAUAUCAUAUUCACCUGAAUAUCAUAUUCACCUGAGUACACUACACCAACACAGAAAAAAAUCAUAUUACUAGAAUACAUUGGUAUUGAAGAAACUAGAUUCUGUUCCGAAAUAUCACUUACUCGAACCGUCCUGACCGCGUAGCUCAGUUGGAAGAGCAUUGGGCUAGUAUUCCAAAGGUCGUAGGUUCGAAUCCCACCGUGGCCGGGCAUAUUUUUCAAGCUCGCCCGGUGUGGAUAUACACUCAGAGUAACAUCACAAACAUCAUAAUCACUUGAGUACACUACACCAACACAGAAAAAAAUGUCUAUAAUUGAUAUUAGCAUAUCCUCAGAAGGUGGAUAGUGCUUUUGUGCAAUUUGAAUGGUUACAGUACUCAAAUCGUCAUUUCAAGCAAGUCGGAAUCCUGCCAUUUCAGCAAAACUGACAUGACAGAAAGUUUUUCUUGGUAAACAAAACAAAAAGUUUUCAUUUAUGAAAAGAUUUAUUUUGUAUAAAUAUACAUUUGGAAAUAUCGAAAAUAACAUUGCAUGUGGUGUAGUUUCAUCAAAUUUUAGGAAUAUAUGCAAAAACAAUUAUUCACCUCCGUUUCGGUGAAAGUGCAAUUAAGGACGAUUCACGUCUAAGUCAAUGUUUUUCCGCUAUUCACCUCCACCUUGGUAAAUAAUUGUUAACUAUUUGCAAAUAUUCAGAAGAUAGUCUAUUAGUCCAUAAGACCCUCAUUAAUCCCUUGGCCUCUUGUUUCUGUGUUGCUACGUUCAUCACUUAUUUAGUGGUACCAGACUAUUGAAACAAUUAGUUUUGUGGCCAAAAAAAGUCACAGUUUGAGGUCAACCAAACUCACUGUUUCCCAAGGUUCUUGUAAAUAAUUAAGUGUUUUGUUAUAUUAAUUGUCAAAAUCUAAAUAAUUCAAUAAGGCAACAAUCAUUAGGCAAGGGAAUUUUGCAUACCGUACACCUACAAUAGUAGUGGACAUGUUGUUGACAAGACCACUCUGAUGAGGUUGCAUUCCACCUUGCAAUUAAGACAGGCUCUUUGCCUGAGCUUGGACUACGGCAAAAUCCUGGUUGGGGCUGGUCACAUGAACCUCCAGAAAUUAGAGGUAAUUGUCACCCCCAGCUUGUAUUAAAAUUGCCUUGUUUCAUAAAUAUUACAAUAGCCAGAAAGCGAAAACAAGAUAUUUAUAAAACAAGGCAAUUUUAAUACAAGCUAGGGGGAAACAAUUAGAAUGACCCCUAAUUUCUGGGGGGUUACGGGACGAACUCCAAUCAGGUCUUUGCCGUAGUCCAAGCGCAGCCUGGCUUGCGAGGUUGGGUUGCACUCUGAACUACUAACAUGACUUUUUUUAUAUAUUCUUUAAAUUUUCCAUUAUGUUUCCUGCCUCUAGGCUACAAUAUACUGUAUGACAACUAAUGCUAUAUGGAAGUGUUGAUCCAUCAUCAAAUUUUUAAUCUAAUUCAUGUGAUUUUAUACUUUAUAGGGCCUGCAUAUUGAAGAUGGGAAUGAACCUGUUUAUCCAGGAGCAGUUAUCACCAGGGCACAGAGUAUUUUAAUUCUGUUGUCAUUUCUCCUGCGACACAGCUUGACAGAUGAAGCUCUUACAGAUUUACUGGGUAUACUCAAUAUACAUUUCCCAAACAUCUUCCCAACCUCCAAAUACAAAUUUUACAAGACAUUUGACUCACCUGAAUCUGAGGUUAGUAUAAAGCUGUAAAAUGUCAACAUUUUCUAAUCAUAUUUGCCUUACACAAGCCUUAACUGCGCAGGCAUUAAGUCACAUGAAAUUAAAAGUGAGCAAAAGUUAAUGGAAACAUUUGUGGUAGAUAAUUACUCCUAGCCAUAAAUUUAACAGUCAUGGUACAAUUAAAUGUGUGUUCUGUUAUGCAGCUGCGUAGCAAUUCCAUUUAUUUUUGCCAUGAUCGUGCAUUUUGCUCAGCAAAAACAUUCCAGUUAUACUAAUCUUGUCUUGGUUUACUUUUUUUGUGAAGUAUCUAAUGUGAUGUCCAAUUUUGACUAGAAAAUGGACUACUGUAUGUUAUUACUCUUAACCAUAAAUAAUAAAAAAUCUGGACAGCCAUUUCGCUGUGACUUACGUGACCAAGUCACAAAAUUUUAGGAUUAAAGUCCAUGUUUUUGCCACAUCUGAUUUAGCGAAACCCAAACUCACAUCAAUUUGUUUAAUUCCGUAUAAUUAUACUCACAGCAGUUUUGCCAUUGUGUAAUUUCUGUGAAAUAGUUGUGGAUAGGAAACAAAUGAUCACAUGACCAUAUGAAUGACCUUAAAGUUUUUAGAUCUCUCAUUGGUUUUCUAGAGUUUAGUCAUGUGAAUUAAAAAUUUAAGUAAACUUUAUUCCUUUGUUGAAAUGCUUUGUUGAAAAAUACAGUCAAAAGGCCUGUAAAUAUAUUUAAUGCCAUCAUUUAACUACAGCAGCCUGUUUAUUUAAAAGUGACAAAUUAUGGUUACUGGUUUCAGCUUUUUUCCUAUCCAGUCUUUUUACUAUUAAUAUAUUCUUAAGAGCCCGCACCCAAGUGAACUAAUGUGGCAUUUGAAUCUUAAAAUAUAUUUCAGGUGCACUUUUAUUGUCCUUUAUGUGGUGCCUAUUUGGGUAAAGACAAGACAAGAGAACAAUGUAAUGGUUGUGGAGAGGAAUUUGUGAGUGAUGAUUGCAUAAAAAAUGGUAACUUUUUCCUCUAUAUACCAUUAAAGCAGCAGCUGAUUGAUUUGCUAAGUGAUGCAAAGUUGCACCCCUUCUUGACCAGUCGUGAUUUGACAACUCGGACUAUUUACAUAUCUGAUAUCAGUUCUUCAAAGUUGUAUGAAGAGCUGGUAAGGAAACACAACCUGUCUGGCAAUGACAUUACACUAACUUGGAACACAGAUGGUGUACCUGUGUUCAAGUCGUUGAAAUACUCCAUUUGGCCUAUUCAAUGUAUGGUAAAUGAGUUGCCUCCUCACCUACGGUCAAGGAACAUUCUUGUGACAGGACUGUGGUUUGGGCAAUCAAAACCGCAUAUGAACACAUUUCUUACUCUGUUUGUUAAAGAAUGUGGAGAGCUAGAAAGAACUGGUUUCGUGAGUAGAAUUGAGAGACUCCCUCGGAAAGCAUUUAGUCUUCUUUGCUCUGCUGAUACUCCAGCGCGUGCUAUAGUGAGAAAUUGUAAGCAAUUUAAUGGACAGCAUGGUUGCGAUUGGUGCGAACACCCUGGAGAGUGUGUCGUAAGAGAGAAUGGUCCACCCACACGCUACUACCCCAUCCGUGGUGAUCCUGUUUUGAGAACAGCAAGACAACAAGGAAGAUAUGCAAUUAAGGCCAACGAAACUGGAGAAGCUGUGAUGGGUGUCAAAGGGAUUUCAGUCAUUGAAGGUUUCCCAACUUUUAAUACAGUCCGAGGCUUUGCACCUGAAUAUAUGCAUUCUGUUUGCCAAGGUGCUAUGCGUCAACUGUCAAAUUUGUGGCUGGAAUCUAAAAAUCACGAGAAUGAUUUUUAUAUAGGGCGGAAGAUAUCGCAACUUGAUGAUAUGCUGACGUCUAUUUCCCCACCAUCCGAGAUAACGAGAGCUCCACGUUCGUUACGGGAGCGCAAAUAUUGGAAAGCGUCUGAAUGGAGAGCCUUCAUGUUUUACGGCCUGGUAAUACUUCGUGGUAUUCUUCCAGAUAUCUACAUGAAACAUUUUUUCCUUUUAGUUUACGGGAUCUACAGUCUCUUGGGGGAUAAGAUCACCCACUCUAAGGUAGAUUUGGCUCAAGCCUGUCUGAACAAAUUUGUUGUCCAGAUGGAAGAGUUAUAUGGUUUAUCUGCAUGCACCUUCAAUGUUCACUUACUUACCCACCUGGCAGACGGAGUCCGAAAUUGUGGCCCAUUGUGGGCUACGUCUGCAUUCGUAUUUGAAGCAAAUAAUCACAUGCUUCUGAAGAUGUACCAUGGCACUCAGUAUGUCCCAAAACAAAUCUGUGAGACAUUUAUGCUAGCUCGGAAAUUACCAACAAUUGCCAGUCACCAUUUUACGGAGGACACCAAUCCAGCAGUUGCCCAUAUGUUCCAGAAAUUAUCAAGUGCGUAUAUGCCAGGAAAGAAUGCCCACAUGCUCGAGGACAACGUUACUGGUCUUGGGAAUGGAAAGCCCACAGUUUUAACUGCACGCCAGAUUGUUGCUGUAAUGCAGUUAACAAAUUUAGACGUGCACAACCGCUCAGCUAUUGUGUAUGAUAGGUUUCUAGCUCAUAACACGUUGUACACAAGUGAAAGGUAUCAUCGGUCAACUCGGCAUCACGAUUUCGCCAUAAGUGUUGAACAUGGCGAGUUCAAGUAUGGAACUGUUUCUGGGUUGUAUGUUGUGAAACCAGAAUGUUCUUGCAACAGUGCUGAAUUACAGUAUUGCGAGUGUGCAAAGUAUAACAUUGUCUUUGUUAAUGCUAAGAAGUGCACUGGCCAAGUGUUGUACCAGGAUCGAGAUUGUCACGUACAAUCCGAUUUUAUGCAAGAAGUUAUCGUGGACACCAGAGUUUUUGGGAUAUUUCCUUUAAUUUCAAUUAUGAGGAAAUGCGUUACCAUCAAAUUAGGGAAUAGAACAUUUAUGUGCGAACUUCCGUGUAGGUUUUAUGGUGACUAA